AUGUAUGAAUUUAAGAAAAUUGAUUUUUUAUAGGUAAAUAAUUACAACAUUGUAUUGAUAUUUUUUACUAUUUUCUUGUAUUUAUCUUUAACUUUCAAGAUUGCAGACUGUUGGGGUUAAGGAAUCACCUAUAGUUAAAAUGAUUACUCGUUCUAUUUAGAAAAAGGUAAAUCUCAUUUUAGAUAUCUUUAGUGUAAGCUUUAAUAAUGUAUUUAAAUUUCAAUUCAUUUAGAAUAUUUAGAAGAAUAUUAAGAAAUAUGGGAAUGUUUAAAUUUAGGGCUCAAACAUAAUAAAUAUCAAUUGCUUUAUAUUGAAAAAAAGGUAAUCUUUAAAUGUAUAUGAUUAGGAGAAAUUUUAGAAAAAAUGGGAAAAGAUCAAGAAAUAAUAGAUAAUUAUGAUCAAGCUAUUUCAAUAAUGGUACACCCUGGUAUUUAUGAGGAAAAAGGUACUAAAAUUAUUAAUAAUUUAAUCUAUUGCUUUAGAGAAAAUUAUAUGAAGUAUUUAAUAUAACUAAAUAAUAAAAAUGGAAAGAAGUAAUAUAAUUUUGCAACUGUGAUAAAUAAAAGUUAAGUAACUAUUUUUUUUAGUCAAGAUAUAAAGUAACAAAUGAUUAUAUUAUUUAAUAGUUUAAGCUUUAUAAGAAAUAAAUGA